UACUCAAAUCGAGAGGAACCGGCACAAUGGGGAUCUCCACUGUUAUCUUUGAAAUAUGUCUUUUGUGGGGUCAAAUUCUGUCUACAGCAUCUCAAACAGCUGUUCCCACAGAUGGUUUGUCUCUGAGGCUGGUGAAUGGCAGUGACCGCUGUCAGGGCCGGGUGGAGGUCCUGUACCAAGGCUCCUGGGGCACCGUGUGUGAUGACAGCUGGGACACCCAGGAUGCAGAUGUCGUCUGUCAACAGCUCGGCUGUGGCCAUUCUGUGUCAGCACCAGGAGGGGCCCAUUUUGGAGAGGGCUCAGGGAACAUUCUCUUGGGAGCUGUGCACUGCUCAGGAUGGGAGUCCUACCUGUCCAGCUGUCAACAUGACGGGUGGUACAACCAUGACUGUGGCCACAGGGAAGACGCCGGAGUUGUAUGCUCAGAAGUGUCCUAUACAGCUGAACAAAGCACAGAAGGAACAGAUUCUGGUUUGGCCGUGAGGCUGGUGAAUGGAGGAGACAGGUGUCAGGGUCGAGUGGAGAUCCUUUACCAGGGUUCCUGGGGCACUGUGUGUGACGACAGCUGGGACCUCAAUGAUGCCAACGUGGUGUGCAGGCAGCUGGGCUGUGGCUUGGCCGUGUCUGCCCCGGGAAAUGCCAGGUUUGGACAGGGCUCAGGGCCCAUUGUCAUGGAUGACGUGGCCUGUGGAGGCUAUGAGGACUAUCUGUGGAGAUGUUCCCACCGAGGCUGGCUCUCUCAUAACUGUGGACACCAGGAAGAUGCUGGAGUCAUCUGUUCAGAUUCUCAAACAAGCAGUCCCACACCUGGCUGGUGGAAUCCAGGAGGGACAAAUAACGAUGUGUUCUAUCCAACUGAACAAACCACAGCAGAGCAGACAACCAUUCCUGAUUAUACACCAAUAGGAACAGAUUCUGGUUUGGCCGUGAGGCUGGUGAACGGAGGAGACAGGUGUCAGGGUCGAGUGGAGAUCCUUUACCAGGGUUCCUGGGGCACUGUGUGUGAUGACAGCUGGGACGUCAGUGAUGCCAACGUGGUGUGCAGACAGCUGGGCUGUGGCUGGGCCGUGUCUGCCCCAGGAAAUGCCUACUUUGGACAGGGCCAAGGGCCCAUUGUCCUGGAUGACGUGGCCUGUGGAGGCUAUGAGAACUAUCUGUGGAGCUGCUCUCACCAAGGCUGGCUCUCUCAUAACUGUGGACACCAGGAAGAUGCUGGAGUCAUCUGUUCAGCUUCUCAAUCAAGCAGUCCCACACCUGGUUGGUGGAAUCCAGGAGGGACAAAUAAUGAUGUGUUCUACCCAACUGAACAAACCACUGCAGGAACAGAUUCUGGUUUGGCUGUGAGGCUGGUGAACGGAGGAGACAGGUGUCAGGGUCGAGUGGAGAUCCUUUACCAGGGUUCCUGGGGCACUGUAUGUGACGACAGCUGGGACACCAAUGAUGCCAACGUGGUGUGCAGGCAGCUGGGCUGUGGCUGGGCCGUGUCUGCCCCAGGAAAUGCCUACUUUGGACCGGGCUCUGGAUCUAUUGUUCUGGAUGACGUGGCCUGUACAGGACACGAGGACUAUCUGUGGAGAUGUUCCCACCGAGGCUGGCUCUCUCAUAACUGUGGACACCAUGAGGAUGCUGGAGUCAUCUGUUCAGCUUCUCAAUCAAGCAGUCCCACACCUGAUGUGUUCUACCCAACUGACCAAACCACAGCAGAGCAGACAACCGUUCCUGAUUAUACACCAAUAGGAACAGAUUCUGGUUUGGCCGUGAGGCUGGUGAACGGAGGAGACAGGUGUCAGGGUCGAGUGGAGAUCCUUUACCAGGGUUCCUGGGGCACUGUGUGUGACGACAGCUGGGACCUCAAUGAUGCCAACGUGGUGUGCAGGCAGCUGGGCUGUGGCUUGGCCGUGUCUGCCCCAGGAAGUGCCAGGUUUGGACAGGGCACAGGGCCCAUUGUCAUGGAUGACGUGGCCUGUGGAGGCUAUGAGGACUAUCUGUGGAGAUGUUCCCACCGAGGCUGGCUCUCUCAUAACUGUGGACACCAUGAGGAUGCUGGAGUCAUCUGUUCAGCUUCUCAAUCAAGCAGUCCCACACCUGAUGUGUUCUACCCAACUGACCAAACCACAGCAGAGCAGACAACCGUUCCUGAUUAUACAACAAUAGGAACAGAAAACAGUUUGGCCGUGAGGCUGGAGAAUGGAGGAGACAGGUGUCAGGGUCGUGUGGAGAUCCUUUACCAGGGUUCCUGGGGCACUGUGUGUGACGACAGCUGGGACCUCAAUGAUGCCAAUGUGGUGUGCAGGCAGCUGGGCUGUGGCUUGGCCGUGUCUGCCCCAGGAAGUGCCAGGUUUGGACAGGGCACAGGGCCCAUUGUCAUGGAUGACGUGGCCUGUGGAGGCUAUGAGGACUAUCUUUGGAGAUGUUCCCACCGAGGCUGGCUCUCUCAUAACUGUGGACACCAUGAGGAUGCUGGAGUCAUCUGUUCAGCUUCUCAAUCAAGCAGUCCCACACCUGAUGUGUUCUACCCAACUGACCAAACCACAGUAGAGCAGACAACCGUUCCUGAUUAUACACCAAUAGGAACAGAAAACAGUUUGGCCGUGAGGCUGGAGAAUGGAGGAGACAGGUGUCAGGGUCGAGUGGAGAUCCUUUACCAGGGAUCCUGGGGCACUGUGUGUGACGACAGCUGGGACACCAAGGAUGCCAACGUGGUGUGCAGACAGCUGGGCUGUGGCUGGGCCGUGUCUGCCCCAGGAAAUGCCUACUUUGGACCGGGCUCUGGGUCUAUUGUUCUGGAUGACGUGGCCUGUACAGGACACGAGGACUAUCUGUGGAGCUGCUCUCACCGAGGCUGGCUCUCUCAUAACUGUGGACACCAUGAGGAUGCUGGAGUCAUCUGUUCAGAUGCCCAAAUCCAGAGCACAACCAGGCCAGAUCUGUGGCCUACUACUACUACCCCAGAAACUACAACAGAAUUGUUGACUACAACUCCUUAUUUUGAUUGGUGGACAACUACUUCUGACUACAGCUGUGGAGGUCUCCUGACCCAACCCUCUGGGCAAUUUUCCAGCCCAUACUACCCUUCAAACUAUCCAAACAAUGCCAGAUGUUCGUGGAAAAUUGUGCUCCCCAACAUGAACCGCGUGACAGUGGUCUUCACAGAUGUGCAGCUUGAAGGAGGCUGCAACUAUGACUAUAUCCUGGUUUAUGAUGGCCCUGAAUACAAUUCUUCUCUCAUUGCUCGGGUUUGUGAUGGUUCCAAUGGCUCUUUCACCUCAACCGGAAACUUCAUGUCCGUAGUCUUCAUCACAGAUGGCAGUGUGACAAGGAGAGGGUUCCAGGCUCACUACUACUCUACAGUCAGCACAAACUACAGCUGUGGAGGUCUCCUGACCCAACCCUCUGGACAAUUUUCCAGCCCAUACUACCCUUCAAACUAUCCUAACAAUGCCAGAUGUUCCUGGGAAAUAUUGGUCCCCAACAUGAACCGUGUGACAGUGGUCUUCACAGAUGUGCAGCUUGAAGGAGGCUGCAACUAUGACUAUAUCCUGGUUUAUGAUGGCCCUCAGUACAAUUCGUCUCUCAUUGCUCGGGUGUGUGAUGGGUCCAAUGGAUCUUUCACCUCAACCGGAAACUUCAUGUCCGUAGUCUUCAUCACAGAUGGCAGUGUGACAAGGAGAGGGUUCCAGGCUCACUACUACUCUACAGUCAGCACAACUCCUCCAGUGCCAAUCCCAACCACAGAUGACUACAGCUGUGGAGGUCUCCUGACCCUACCCUCUGGACAAUUUUCUAGCCCACACUAUCCUUCAAACUAUCCUAACAAUGCCAGAUGUUCCUGGGAAAUAUUGGUCCCCAACAUGAACCGUGUGACAGUGGCCUUCACAGAUGUGCAGCUUGAAGGAGGCUGCAACUAUGACUAUAUCCUGGUUUAUGAUGGCCCUGAAUACAAUUCUUCUCUCAUUGCUCGGGUUUGUGAUGGUUCCAAUGGCUCUUUCACCUCAACCGGAAACUUCAUGUCCGUAGUCUUCAUCACAGAUGGCAGUGUGACAAGGAGAGGGUUCCAGGCUCACUACUACUCUACAGUCAGCACAAACUACAGCUGUGGAGGUCUCCUGACCCAACCCUCUGGACAAUUUUCCAGCCCACACUACCCUUCAAACUAUCCUAACAAUGUCAGAUGUUCCUGGGAAAUAUUGGUCCCCAGCAUGAACCGUGUGACAGUGGCCUUCACAGAUGUGCAGCUUGAAGGAGGCUGCAGCUUUGACUAUAUCCUGGUUUACGAUGGCCCUGAAUAUAAUUCUUCUCUCAUUGCUCCGGUGUGUGAUGGGUUCAAUGGAUCUUUCACCUCAACCGGAAACUUCAUGUCCGUAGUCUUCAUCACGGAUGGCAGUGUGACAAGGAGAGGGUUUCAGGCUUACUACUACUCCACAGUCAGCACAAGUCCUCCAUCAUUCCCAAACAUAACUGGAAAUGAUUCUUCAUUGGCGCUGAGGCUGGUAAAUGGAUCAAACCGGUGUGAGGGCCGAGUGGAGAUCUUGUACAGAGGCUCUUGGGGCACCGUGUGUGAUGACAGCUGGGGCAUCAGUGACGCCAAUGUGGUCUGCAGACAGCUCGGUUGUGGCUCUGCUCUGUCUGCACCAGGAAAUGCUUGGUUCGGUCAGGGCUCAGGGCUCAUUGUCCUGGAUGAUGUGUCUUGCUCGGGGUAUGAGUCUCACCUGUGGAACUGUCAUCAUCCUGGCUGGCUUGUCCAUAACUGUCGCCAUUCUGAGGAUGCAGGAGUCAUCUGUGCACUCCCUGAGGUGACUUCUCCCAGUCCAGGUUGGUGGACUACAAGUCCUUCCUAUGUAAACUAUACUUGUGGAGGUUUCCUGACCCAACCCUCUGGGCAAUUUUCUAGCCCAUUCUACCCUGGGAAUUAUCCUAAUAAUGCCAGAUGUCUGUGGAACAUCGAGGUCCCAAACAACUACCGUGUGACUGUGGUCUUCAGAGAUUUGCAGCUGGAAAGGGGCUGCAGCUAUGAUUAUAUAGAGAUUUUUGAUGGCCCCCACCACAGUUCACCUCUCAUCGCCCGGGUUUGUGAUGGGUCCCUGGGCUCUUUCACCUCAACAUCCAACUUCAUGUCAAUUCGCUUCAUCACUGAUCACAGUAUUACUGCGAGAGGGUUCCAGGCUCACUACUACUCCGACUUUGACAAUAACACCACCAAUCUCCUUUGUCAGUCAAAUCACAUGCAAGCCAGCGUGAGCAGGAGCUACCUUCAGUCCAUGGGCUAUUCUGCCAGGGAUCUUGUCAUUCCUGGUUGGAACUCCAGCUACCACUGUCAGCCCCAGAUAACACAGAGGGAGGUCAUAUUCACAAUUCCCUACACAGGCUGUGGCACAAUCAAACAGGCUGACAACGAGACCAUCAACUACUCCAACUUCCUCAGAGCGGUUGUUUCAAACGGCAUCAUCAAAAGGAGAAAGGACCUGAAUAUCCACGUCAGCUGCAAGAUGCUGCAGAACACCUGGGUCAACACCAUGUACAUCACCAACAACACAGUGGAGAUCCAGGAAGUUCAGUAUGGCAAUUUCGACGUAAACAUUUCCUUCUACACAUCCUCCUCCUUCUUGUUUCCAGUGACCAGCAGCCCAUACUACGUGGAUCUGGACCAGAAUUUGUACCUUCAGGCCGAAAUCCUCCAUUCUGACGCCUCCUUGGCUCUGUUUGUGGACACCUGUGUGGCUUCGCCACAUCCCAAUGACUUCUCAUCUUUGACAUAUGAUCUCAUCCGGAGUGGAUGCGUACGGGAUGAUACCUACCAAUCCUACUCCUCGCCCUCACCACGCGUCUCCCGCUUUAAAUUCAGUUCUUUCCACUUCCUGAACCGCUUCCCCUCAGUGUACCUGCAGUGUAAACUGGUAGUAUGUCGAGCGUAUGAUACCUCCUCACGGUGCUACAGAGGCUGCGUAGUGAGAUCUAAGAGGGAUGUAGGCUCCUACCAAGAAAAGGUGGAUGUUGUCCUGGGACCCAUCCAGUUGCAAUCCCCCAGCAAAGAAAAGAGGAGCCUCGACCCAGAAUUGUCCUCCCAAAGCCAAGGCCCGAGUUCCCACUAAAACCCCCCCUAACUCUCUUGGUUGGGAAGACAACGGGGACUUGGCAGUGGAGGAUGUGAAGAAGCCAGCAAGCUCCCAGGCCGUCUACCCUACUGCAGCCAUCUUUGGCGGAGUCUUCCUGGCCAUGGUCCUGGCUGUGGCAGCCUUCACAUUGGGAAGGAGGACACACAUUGACCGUGGCCAACCUCCAAGUACUAAGUUGUGAAGUGAAACAACCCAGACAUUGGCUCCACAAGCACAGAUUCCCAGAAAAGAUGGAAGACAUGAGAGCCUGACGCUUGGCACCCAGAUACAUGGUGACUAGGAUUCCCUUAGCACAAAUGCUUAGCCAAGAACAAUGAGAUGGCAAAGAAGAAAGGUGGGGGCCAAGUUUUCCCAGGAUCUACAGACUGAAGGCUAGGAAGAAUGUCAUAGGAGAAUGAGACCAGUGUCUACAAUCACAGGCAACUGUGAGCUGAGCACUGGUGGCAGCCAUGCUUUCUCUCGCUAGACUUUCCCUUUUCCCCAUGUAUAGCCAACUUUCUCCAUCUGUAGUGUCGAUGUCAGCUUUUUCUUACAAUACUGCAAUACUGAAUAUAAAUAAUCUUUCUCAUGGCAA